AUGCCAGGUACACAUCAGCCCGACGCCCAGGCCACGAACCCUGGCCGAAAGCAAGCAGAUCUUCGCCGCACUGCAAAGCUUCGGCGAGAUAGUGAGCUUCCGGAAUCUCAAGAACGACCACUCCUCGCCAUGUUCGACUCCAGCGAUGCCGCCGAGCGCGCCAUCGCCGCGUCGCCGCUGACGAUCUCCCUCCCCCCGGCAACUACCUCAGCGCUCACACCCAAUCCCUUCGCCUCCUCGUCUGCCUCGUCCACCGAAACACCUCAAUCACCUCAAGCUCUGAGUCCCUCAGAUCCGAAGCCAACAACACUAACAUGCACCAUCGAGGCUGCCAGGCAUAACUAUGAGCGGUCGACGCGGCGCAACCCAUUUUUUCAUGGAUUUAUGGUCGAUGAGCGAAGCCCGAUCUACAAGGACAUGAUGAGCGAAGAGACUGGCACGCCACUUGCAGGAUUAGCGGACGUCCUCCAGCGCUCGAGAAGGCCCACAUCCGUGAACCAGCGGUUCGGGAAUCGGGUGCAUUCUGAGCGGAUGGGCGCCGGCAGCUUGACGAAGCUCUGGGAGAUGGGCCAGAAAAAUAGACAGAGUAGACAUGCCAUGUCGAGGAAUCCUGAGAAACAACAGGAGAGGAAGAAGGUGAGGGGAAUACUGGGAUUGGAGGGAGGGGAGGCAGAGGCGGAAGAGCAGAGAGACGAGAUGGGCCUUCCAAGUCCAGAAGACGGAGCGCCGAGGUCGCAGCUCGCCCGUGUGAGCUAUGACAAGUUACGAAGCGCAAAGCGCACGGAUAACAGUGGUUGGGGUCGCAGGAGACUCGGAUGA